CGAAAAAAAAAAAAAGAAAAGAAAAGAAAAGAAAAGAAACAAAAAAGAAGGUAAUACUAUAAAUAUGAAUGAAACUUCUUCCAUUGAUAUAAUCGGUCGUCAACUUAAAAAUGCCGGCAAGUUUUGGUACAUCGUCAACCCUUUCGAAACAACUUUCGAAUUUCCACACCAAGUGCCUGAUUAUUAUCAACAGAUUUGGAUACCAUUCUUCUUUCUAAUCGUCUUAGAACAAAUGAUAUUAACUGCAAAGUAUAAGAAAAAAUCAUUUCAAUUGGAUGAUCAAGUGACGUCAUUUUCUCAUUGGAUAUUUCAAGAGUCUGGCCGCAUAUUUUUUCGCAGUGCAGAAUAUUACGCUUACAUUCAAAUUUAUGAUAAUUAUCAUAUAUGUAAUUUACCAUGGAAUUCUAUUUGGACAUGGUACAUCACCGCAUUGGGGGUUGAUUUUUGUUAUUAUUGGGUACAUCGUAGUAAUCACGAAGUACACUUUUUGUGGGCACACCAUCAAGUACACCACAGCAGCGAGGAAUUUAAUCUCGCGGUUAGUCUGCGUCAAUCUGUACUACAACAUUGGUGUAAUUUUAUCUUCUACUUACCACUUGCUUUCUUCAUACCCCCAUCACACUUUAUUGCACAUCAUCAAUUUAAUUUAAUAUAUCAAUUUUGGAUACACACGACAAUUGUUGAUCAUCUUGGACCAUUGGAAUUAAUAUUUAAUACACCUAAACAUCAUCGUGUACAUCAUGGAUGCAAUCUAUACUGUUUGGAUAAAAAUUAUGGUGGAGUUCUUAUUAUCUGGGACAGAUUAUUCGGGACCUUCAUGGAAGAGAAGGAUGAAAUUAUUUACGGUUUAGUAAAAAGUCCACGUUCAUUUAAUCCUAUUUAUUUACAGACGUUUUAUACGAAAGAUAUGAUAAAUAAGAGUAAACAGAUGAAAUCUAUGGAAGAUAAGUUAUCUGUUUUAUGGAAGGGUCCCAGUUGGUAUCCAGGUGGGCCACGUUUAGGUCUUGAUAAAUAUAAAAUAAACGUAACAUCUAGAAUCAAAUAUAACGUUCUUAUACCAACCUGGCAAAGUUUUUAUAUUAUUGUGCAUUUUUUAAUAGUAUUUUAUAAACAUUUGCAAUUAUACAAUGAAAAACAAGAUUUAAAUAAUUCUUUAGGAAUAACAAUAUUGAACAAUAUAUUUGCUCUCAUUACUAUCGGAUUAUUAUUCGAUAAAUCGGAAUAUGCCGGAUUGGUUGAAUUAAUACGUUGUAUCGUAUAUUUAUCUAUUUUAAAUCAAGAUCAUAUUAUUAACGUUCUGAUACAUUAUGUUUAUAUUAUAUCAUGCCUUAUUUGGAUUUGUCGAAUUAUAAAUCAAAUGAAAACAAAUUUCUUCAGAUCAUGAUGUGACUUUGUAAAGAUACAUUAAUCAUAACAAUUUCGAAAAAAGCAAAAAAAAAAUAAGAAUAUUAUCGUUACUUAUUUAAUUGUAAAAUAAAUUUUA